GAGGCACAGGUGUUCCUGGACCAGUGCGGCGGCGACUUGCCGACGAUCGAUUGGGAGACAGAGAUGAAGGCCUCCGCCGUCAGCUACACAGGGGAAGAGGCCUACCCGUCGGAGCCUCUGAGCCUGGAGCGGCUGGUCGAGGCGCCCCCCCCCCCUGCGUCAGCGGCUUCGUCGGUGGACGUGCUCAGGGUCUGCGAGGGCCGGGUCCGUCAGGCGUUGCUGAACCCGAGCCGCGCCCUGCAGGCGGAGGACGACGUGGAGGUGAUGCCGAGGGCCCCCCGUGUCUGGGCGCCCGCCUCGGAGUGGGGCCGCAUUGCCGCGGCGCUGGUCGAGGGGGGGAUCUCGAGGAGGUGGCUGGCUGUCUUCAAGGGCAAGAAGGUCCUGGGCGGCAUGUUCGGCGCGCACAAGGGCGGCUACAAGCGUGGCGAGGGCCCCCAGACGCUCGUUAUGAACAGGAACCCUUCGAAUGCAAUCCAGAAGAUCCUUUGCGGCACUGGCGGGCAGAUGUACCAGCCCUCCCUGCAGACCGCGAGCUUCGUCGCGACGUGCCCUUUCCUGGUCGAGGCAACGGGGCGGUGCCAGGGCUUUCGGGGCGACAUGUCGGUGCCAGGUGGGCCCGCUGAUGUCUCCAGCCUGAUCGAGUCCAACGGCCAGCAGCCCCAGCAGACUUCAGAGUGGCCAGGUGGGCCAGCUGUGUCAGUGGGGCGGCUGGGGCGUGGCCCAGUGGGCUCGCCGCCGCUGGCCGGUCGGGGCGACGUCUACAUCGGACGGGGCAACCAGCACCUGGAGCUCGAGGCGUCGGUGUGGGGUAACCCUUUCCGGCUGAAGGUAGACGGGGCUCGGCGCGAAGUAAUUGCGAAGUUCGGAAGGUGGUUGCGGUCUCAGCAAUGGCUGGUGGACAGGGUUUCAGAGCUGACGGGAUGUCGGCUGCUCUGCCACUGCCGAGACAGCCAGGAGCGCCACGGUGAUGAGAUCAUCAAGCUCUGGGACGACGUGUGCGCCCCUGAGACCAAGAGCGACGUGCAGCCCGUUCGGACGGAUGACCAGUGUUGGCUCGUGUGGCAGGUGCACAUCGACAACUCGGACAUGAUGGAGGUCGGUCCCGCCGUGGAGAUGGAGAUGCUCAAGCUGGCGGGGCGCCCCGAGGCCAUGCGGGCGGCUCUGGAACGGCAUGAGGCACUCGGCGCCCCAGUGAGCGAGGCCAAGGCCGUGGUCAGAGAGUCCGCGGCGACCGCGCUGGGUGACUUCGUGAACGGGGAGCAGGGCACGAUCGGGCCGCCAGGCGAGUUCUGCCGGAAGGUGAUCGUUCUGGCACCCCACACCCUGCGACGGCCCCGUGUUACACAGAAGUGGUUGCAGGUGCUGGCGGGGCGCUGGGUGCGCAUGAUGCUCUACCGUCGCGAGAUCAUGACCUGCUUUGGUGAGUUCUGGACGUUUCUGGUGCGCGUGCGGGGCGGGGGGGCUGUUCCCGACGCGGUGCGACGUGAGCUCGUGAGCGCGCUGUGCCUCAUGCCCUUGAUGCGUUGCGACUUGCGUGUGCCUAUCAGCGGGCUGGUCACCGUGUCGGAUGCGAGCCCAUGGCGAGGGGCGGUGCGCCGCUCGGUCAGGCUCCUGCCGCGCGGCAUGGCGGCGGCUUGCGCAGCUCAGCGUGGCCAUUCGUCUCGUCUCAAUGACGAGGGCAUCCUCUUGUCGCUCUUUGACGGGAUCGGAGGUGGCCGCAGGGCCUUGGACUUCUUGGGCUUGUCGGUGGCGGCGUUUGCCACGAGCGAGGUUGACGAGGAGGCGGCGCGAGUCGUCCGCUACAGCUGGCCCGACGUGGCGGAGCUGGGCGACGUCGCCAACAUCGCCCGCGCAUGCUUGGAGCGGGUGAGGGAGCGAGCGCCCAUGGCCAAGUGGAUGCUGGUGACCGCGGGCCCCCCAUGUACCGACCUGUCGAGGGUGAAGGCUGGUCGGAAGGGGCUUGCUGGCAGCCGCUCUCGCCUGUUCUUUGAUAUCGAGCGUGCCGUGCGCCUGGCGUCGGAGGUGAUGGGCGAGGACUGCCGCAUAUUCAGGAUCAUCGAGAAAGUUGCGUCGAUGGAUCAGGAGCCGCUCGACGCGAUGUCAUCUGGGCUGGGUCUCGAGCCCGCGUUCAUCGAUGGCGCUGUGUUCUCCCGUUGCCGCCGCGAUCGGGUCUACUGGGUUGGCCAGCACGUGAUGGUGCCCUGGCAGCGCUCCGAGAUGAGGCCCGAGCGCUGCGGG